AUUGGGCAGGACGGGUCUUGAACAAUCCGACGGUAGAAGAGAUUAGCACGAGUCGCGAGAGCAUUCUGGCAGACGGACCAGAGGAAAAUGCGGACUCUGGGGGUGAUCUUCAUCAACCAUAUUUGGCGCCAGAGCUGCUGAUUCGUCCGGCCCGUUAAACCAUCCGGUCCCGGAGCUUUGGUGGCUGCCAUUUGGAAAGUGGCCUUACGAACUUCAUCUGGGGUAAGGGCGAUGGUCAGCUGGUGGUUCAUCUCCGGUGUUACAACUGCACUACACCGAUCAAGGAGCGGGAGUUAUAUGGUUGCGUUGUCGACGCUGAAUAGUGGAUGCAUGAAAGAAACGAGUAUUCUUAUCUCCCCAUUUGAGCCACUUGAUUCUAGAACGAUCAGUAGUUGCUGAUGACCAUUAGAGAAUUUGCGACGACUCCAUCUUUGAAGUGCUACGGUAACAUCCCUGACAUUCCGAGGAAAAUCAGCAUGUUGUGAGACAGGUAUUAAGAACCAGGGGACUGUGGUCAGAACCAACUGGUGGCAGAGCAAUCACUUCAGCUGCAGGGAACAGUAUACGCCAGCUCAUCGAACAUACCAUCCGAUCAAGUUUGGCUUUGACCAGCUCCUCACCAUCUCGAUUAUUUAGCCAGGUCGCUUACUAAACUUUUCCCAAGGGUAGAGGACAUCAUUGAAAUCACCAGCACAGAGCCAAGGUAAGGUAUUGUGGGAGUGAAUGUGUCUAAGGUCAUCCCAAACUGCCUGGCGUUGGUGAAAAUCAGUAGGAGCAUGGAGAAAGGUAAGACGAAUUUUCCUUCUGUGCCAGCCUAGAUCGCAAGACAUGUCUAACCAGUAUUGUGUGGCUGUGAUAAUCGUUAAAGAUAUAGGAUCAUUCCAAAGAGCUGCUAAUCAUCCCGCCAGACCAACUGGAUCAACUAUAUAGGAGUGUGAAAAUGAUAGAAUUUGUUGCACUUGUUUCAGCUUUGCUGUAGAAUUUUUUGUUUCCAUAAGUAGUAUAAUAUCAGGCUUUUCUACGGUCAUCAAGGUCCGUAGUGCUCGAACUGUCAGGGGAUUGCCCAAACCCUGACAGUUCCAACAGAUGAGCUUCAUUUGUGAACGGGUGGCUGUUUAGGGCCAGCCACCAGUGCCCGAUCUCCAGCUUCCUGUGCUAGGAAGAAAGGUGCAUCCAGCAAAUUAAGGUCAGAAGGUUCUGUAAUGGUGAGGGUAGAACAGCCUUUUGCUUCUGAUCAGCUACUACCAGGGCUGUGCUUUGUAUUCCCACUGGAAGUUGAAGUGAUACUGAAUGUACAGCAGACUCAACUCGGGGGAGUUUCAGGAAUAAUUUCCUCUGUUGACUCUGGCGAAUCUGGGAACAUCUUGAUAGUACAUGGCAUAAUGGCCAAGCUUGCCACAAGAGAAACAGAAAUGAGACAACCGUUCGUAUCGAAAGUCCAGCCAAAACGAGGUAUAGCCAUCCUUGGAAUCCAUCUUCACCUCUUUGAUCUCACCAAGGUGCUGGACAGCUUUUCUCAGCAUGCAUUCAGAGUACCAUUCAAGAGUAUCAAUACGCCAUGCCCUCCUAAGCGUGGUUUGAAGUGCUGGAAGGUUAAUAGAGGGAUCUGUCAGAAUUUUUGCAACGAGAGUGAGUCGGCAUUCCUCUACCGUAUCAGCAGGUGGGUCUUCAUCCCAAUCUUCAAUAAUAUGUUUUGUCGUGAGUCGACUCAGACUAGAACAGAGAGCGGCUAGGCGUGAUGAUGUGGCUGAGUUAUGGGAGUCCAUCUUGAGAAGAAUCUCAUGGAGUUAAGCGGAGAAAAUAACAAUGUAGCCACUGGAAGUGCAAUAGAGUAAGAAGAAGCUACAAUUCGGUCCCAUGCAAGGCAAUCUCCAAGAAAAGAAGACAUGCAGUAGCUAACCCGUGACGAUCGGCGUCAAAUUGUGCGGAGGCGACAUGAUUCCGAGUCAGACCCACAAGAAAGAUGAAACCGAUGCCGGAACAAAGACAAAAUCUUCAAGCCAUGCAUGUCGUCGCAGGAGGAAGGAAAGCAAGAACAGCAGAAUUGGGAAAAGUGGAAGGUUUAUCAAGUCGAUGGCUAAUGGUGUAGUUUCUGGGUUGGGUAGCUUGUAGAAAUUACUGUUGAUAUUCAAUAGAUGGUGAAGGAUGAGGAUUGAGGUGGAGGGUUUGAAAAGAAACUGCCAUCUGAGGUAGAGAGAGCUCGACAAAACGAGAGAAUGUAUUGGUUCAAUCUAAAGUGAAAGUAGACAAAUGUGGGAUUAUAGAUAAGUAUAGUUGAUGUUAAGUUGGAUUAUUUGGAGAGAAAAAUCAAGGACCUUGUGAAGAAGCAUUUUGACUUACUCAGUUGCCCCAUUUAUGAAUAUGCUAUGGGGCAAUUGAAGGAAUAUGAUGGGAAGAAGCUGGUCUCAGUCCCUAAUGAGGGACUGAAACUUGACGACAAGACCGAAGAGGAGAAGAAAAAGAAGUCUUGCAAGAACCUGUGCAAGACCAUUAAGGACAUUCUCCGGGACAAGGUGGAAAAGGUUGUCAUCUCCGACAGAAUUGUGGUCUCGCCUUGCUGCCUGGUGACUAGAGAGUAUGGGAGGCAAACAUAAAAAGAAUCGUGAAGGCUCAGGCCCUCAGAGACAACUGCAUGGGCUCCUACAUGUCGAGCAAGAAGACUAUGGAAAUUAAUCUUGAUAAUGUAAUCAUGGAGGAGUUGAGGCAGAUACCCGAGGCUGAUAAGAAUGACAAGUCGAGGAAGAGAAUAUUCACUAAAUUUUUUAUAAAUCAAGAUGUAUCUUUUGGAUUGGGAGAAGUGAUGAUUAUGCCAAGCUCUAUCUAUUGAUGUUUACAUAUCUUCCACCUUGUGAAUUAGUGUUGCAAUUACUGAAGUUCCCUAUAUCUAUUUA